AUGGCCCAACAACCCUCCUCCGCCUCGACCACAAAACGGCUCAUCCGCGAGCUCAGUGACUACCAGAAAUCUCCCAACGAAGCCCUCUUACACCUCGGUCCCAUAAACGACAUAGACUUGCUACGCUGGGAAGCAGUCCUGAAAGGUGUAAAUGGCACACCGUACGAAAGCGGCCUCUGGCACCUAAAUAUCACCAUCCCGCCCACCUACCCCCUCCACCCGCCCACCAUUACUUUCACAACUCGCAUCUGCCACCCAAACGUCUCCUUCACGACGGGUGAGAUAUGCCUAACCCUUCUCACAACAGAACACUGGAGUCCCGCCUACACACUAUCCUCGACACUGUCGGCGAUUCAGCAGUUGCUGACGGACCCGCGGCCGGAGAGUCCGCUUAAUGUUGAUGUGGCGGUGUUGAUGAAGAGUGGGGAUCGAGUGGGGUGGGAGGGGUUGGUUAGGUAUUGGACGGGGGAGGAGAGGUGGGCGGGUGAUGCCAGUGGGCGGAGAUGA